AUGCUUGGAUUAUAUUUUGAAAGACAGCUAUCUACUUAUUACAUUGCGGAUUAUGAAAGAGUUACCAGAAAGCAUUUACCCUGGAUUAUAAUUCUCUUUAUAACUACUUUAUCUAUCAUAUGUACCAUAUGCUUUACGUUUGAACUUAUACAAUGGUAUUAUCCAGUUACUUUCUCAUAUCUGUGUAUGUGUAUUGGAGUAUUGUUGUUCAUUAAGCUUUAUCAUACAAAUAUGGAGAAAUGGACAGAAGUUCAGAAUGAUCAUCGUCGAGCUCGUCAUGCAUACACUUUAAGCUUACGGUUUCAGUUAGAAGAGAAUAUUAGAUCACUCAAGCUCAUCAAGCAAGGAUUCUCAGUACUGGGAUUUGCUGGUAUAGCUGAUUUUAUACUUUUUGGUCUGUCCAAUUGUGAAUUCUUGCGUAAGCUGGAUGAUGGCUAUCUAUCCCAAUUGCUAUGUUGUUUAUCAUUUUUGUUUAUGUCAAUAAUCGCUAUGGCUGUUCCAAUAGCCGCCCUAUUCUCCCAUCCAACCUACAUGAAAAUUUUGCAAAAAACUCGUUUCAUUGGGAAGCUCGUCAAAUGGUACGACGUGCCAUCUGUUGAUGUUAUCAGAACCGAUGAUACAUCCCAAUACUUCGCUAACUUAUCCAAGCAGUGGAACACAACGGGUUAA